CCUGAGCGCCGGCACGCCGGCGGCCGCCGGCCCCGCUCCGCCGCUCGCCGAGCCCACCGGAGCCGCCACGGGACCAUGGAGGUCGUGGAGGCCAGCACCCUUCAGCAGGAGAGGCUGCAGGCCAUCGCGGAGAAGCGGAAGCGUCAGACGGAGAUCGAGAACAAAAGGCGGCAGCUGGAGGAUGACCGGAGGCAGCUGCAGCAUCUCAAGUCCAAGGCUCUGCGGGAGAGAUGGCUCCUGGAGGGAGCCCCGGCUUCUGCCUCCGAGGAGGAAGAGGCCAUGAAGAAACAGAUGCAGGAGGAUGAGGUGAAGACCAAGGAGCUGGAGGAAACCAUCCAGAGGCUGGAGAAGGAGCUGGAGAUGCUGGAGAACAGCAGCUCAGUGGCCUCGACCAAGGAGAACCUGGCAGAGGCAGCAGCCAAGGAGGAGAAGAAAGCUGAGGCUGUCCCCAACACGCAGAAGAGUCCCCUGGGCACAGUUAAGGCUGACAAGAGGCUCUCCAGCAGCCCCAUGAAGGCAGUGGAAGGCAGUGAGAUGAUGAAGGCGGCCAUGUACUCGGUGGAGAUCACUGUGGAGAAGGACAGAGUGACCGGGGAGACCAAGGUCCUGUCCAGCACCACCAUGCUGCCCCAGAACCACUGCGUGCAGGGCGUCAAGGUGUACGAGGACGAGCUGAAAGUGGUGCACGCCGUGAGCGCCGAGGACGGGGCCCUGCAGAACGGGGCUCACCCCCUGAGCUCCUCCGAGGUGGACGAGCUCCUGCACAAGGCGGACGAGGCCGAAGGGCGCCAGAGCCCGGCCAAGGGCGGCGCGGGCAGCCAGAAGGCCACGCCACGACGGGAGAUCACGGGGCUGCAGGCCAAGGUGGCACCGGGCGAGGGGACAGAGGGCGGCCAGGAGCAGCAGCAGCCCGUCACCAUGAUCUUCAUGGGCUACCAGAACGUGGAGGAUGAGAACGAGACCAAGAAGGUGCUGGGGCUGGAGGGCACCAUCAAGGCCGAGCUGGUGGUGAUCGAGGAUGCCGAGGGCAAGGCCGAGCCGGCUCUCAAGGACCACACGCCGCCCAACGGCACCGCCCUGGAGCCGGCGCAGCCCCAGGGCGAGGAGGGCUCGGCGGGGCACGGUGCCAACGCCACGGAUGCCAAGGAGGCCGAGCAGGAGACAGACGCGAAGAAGCAGCGCUGCAAGUGCUGCACGGUGAUGUGAGCCCCGCGCCGAGCCCCCCGUUCCCCCGUCCCACCGGACACCGGCCCCUCUCUCUGCGCAGCCGGGGACAUCCAGCGCGGUGCCAACGGCGGGGAUGCCCGGUGCCAGCCCCGUGCCGCCCCCACCAGCGCUGCCCGUGGUGUUUAUUAGUGCCCCCCUCGCCCCGUGCCCAGCACAGCCCCGCUGCCACCGACACCGCCCCGGAGCCGCCGGGGGAUGGAGCCGCCGGGCAGGGGAUCGGAGGACGUCGCUGUGUCCGUGGAUGAGUCCCCGGGAGCUGCCAGCCCGCGGUGGGCAUGGGAGCCAGCCCCGUGCCAGCCCCGUGCCAGCCCCGUGCCAGCCUCUCCCUCUGUGCCUCCAUCACCCAGCUCAGCAGGGCGAGGUUUGGCUCUGCUGGCCGCUGGCUGCCCCUGGGCAUCUCUGCUCCAUCUCCUCAUCCCUGCGCUCUCCAGGCCCUCCAGGGCAGGGUGUGCCCAGGGCAGCGUCCGUCCCUGCCUGGCAUUGGGCUGUGCUGAUGGCCAGAACCACCUGGGGCACCUGCAGGGCCUGCUCUGCUCCUCCUGGGCUCAGCUCCACAUCCUGGAGCCCUCACUGUGCCAGCUGAGGGGGCUGAACUGUGCCCACGUCCCACCAAAGGCAAUGCCAGUGAGGGAAGGGCAUGGAGGGCAGCGUCCAUCCCUCCCUGCCACUGGGCUGUGCUGAUGGCCAGAGUCACCUGCAGGGCCAGCCCAGGCUGUCCCCAGGCUGUUCCUGAGCUCAGCUCCAUGUCCUGGAGCCCUCCCUGUGCCAGCUGAGGGGGCUGAACUGUGCCCGUGUCCCACCAAAGGCAAUGCCAGGGAGGGAAGGGCACUGAGGGCAGCAUCCAUCCCUGCCUGGUAUUGGGCUGUGCUGAUGGCAUGGGGCUCCUGCAGGGUCAGCCCAGGCUGGCCCCAGCUCCUCCUGGCACGUCCUGGAGCCCUCACUGUGCCAGCUGAGGGGGCUGAACUGUGCCCACAUCCCACCAAAGGCAAUGCCAGGGAGGGAAGGGCACUGAGGGCAGCAUCCAUCCCUGGCUGGCACCGGGCUGUGCUGAUGGCAUGGGGCUCCUGCAGGGUCAGUCCAGGCCUGCCCUGCUCCUCCUGGCACGUCCUGGAGCCCUCCCUGUGCCAGCUGAGGGGGCUGAACUGUGCCCGUGCCCCGCCAAGGGCAGUGCCAGGGAGGGAGGGGCAGCUUGGGGGGCUCAGCCCUGUGGGGCAGGACGGGCUGGGGGUCCUGUGGUUCCUGUGGCAGUGGCAGUGUGACCCAGCCUCCUGUUCCCUUCGUGUCUCUGCCGCGCUCUGGGCUCCUGGGCUGCAGCUUUGGGGUCCCCAGGGUGGGGGGGCAGCCCAGUUCACCCCAAACUGGGGCGCUGGGAGGUGCCAGGGGUGUGUGGUGUCCCACAGAGGGGCUGCCCCACCCUGCACCCCGGCCCUUCAGUGGGGAUUCCACCACCAGCACCAGCGUUUCCUCCCCACUGACACCAGCUGGGGCAGGCAGGGGGAGCCCCCCAUGGUCCCCAGUGCCCACAUCAGCUGCCCCCGAGCUCUCCAGGAGCUUUGGGCAGGGUGAAGGAUCCUUCUUUAAACGUGAGAAGGUUCUUUCUGCCCUGGGGGUCCCCCAAAAUGUGUGUGGGGCAGAAUCCAAGCUGCCCAGCCCACCAGGACACCGCUGGUGCAGCAGCCAAGGAUGGGGCUCAGCUCCCCCAAGGAUGGGCCUUUCCUUCCCCCACACUCCCCCUGUGUGAGCAGUGCCACCCCGUGUCCCCAUGCCACCCCUGGUGCCCGCCAGGUGCCCCCCAGGCUGUGGUUUUGUCCCCGUUGGAGUCACUGUGCUGAGCCCCAUGGGAGAGGCAGGGCUGGGUUAGGGGGUUUGGGG